CAUUGGCGCGCGCGCCCAGUUUGGACCGUCCCACAGGGAGCGAGAGGCCCUUGGGUAGCACGAAUGCUUGAAGGCCUUUUAGGCCGCCAACGCGUCCACAGUCUCUUCUUCCGAUCGCGGUUGUCGUCGGCGUUGCUGCCGUUCUCAUCAUUUGUAGGCGGCGUCGAUCAACUCGCCAAGGUGAUAGAUAUAAAGAAGAAGGCUGUGCACAAGACCACAACCACAGAUGAUAAGAGGUUGCAAAGCACUCUGAAGAGGCUUGCACUCAACACUAUUCCGGGGAUCGAAGAAGUGAACAUCUUCAAGGAUGAAAAUGUGAUCCAUUUCGUCAACCCCAAAGUGCAAGCUUCCAUAGGAGCCAACACUUACGUCGUCAGUGGAGCUGCACAGACAAAGAAGCUUCAAGACCUGUUGCCAGGGAUCAUCAACCAGCUUGGACUUGGUAGCCUAGCAAAUCUGAGAAAGGUUGCGGAGCAGUAUAAGAGCAAAGAAACUGCGGGUGUGAAGGAGGAGGACGAUGACGACGUCCCAGACUUGGUGGAGGGAGAGACAUUCGAAGAGGCCGCCAAGGAGCCAGCACCUUGAGCAAUUUGGUCCUCUCGUCUGUGGUUCCCGGUAGUGGAAAAGACCAUGAACUUUUUUUUUCAUGUCUCUCCUGUCAUAAGGUUUUGUUUCUGUUCUGUCACCUCUUUCUCGUGUCCUAACGACAGCAGAUGGCAACUUCUGUUGUCUUACCUACCUACCUUUCACCACCCUCCCCUUCUGCGCAUGCACACGGAGAGAGAGAGAGAGAGAGAAGAGAGAGUCUGUGCGAGCAUUUGAUGUGUUCCGAAGCGAAGUCUUUAUGAUGUGAGGUUUUGUCGUCUUUGGAGACAUAAUGCGAAGCACAUGUGCAAAUCUCAGUGCCCAUCAGAGAGAGGGUUUUUUGUUUUUUUGUUGAGCUCCUGUUGUGUGAUUGUAUGGUCAAAUGGUGAAGUUGCGGGAUCUGGAGUCUUGGCCUGAAGGCAGUUGUAUUUCCUGGGACGUCAGUUUUUAUUCCUCAGACUCUCUCAGAGCAGGCACGGGCAGCAACAGGGAGGAUAUGGUAGAAAGUGGCUGCUGAGUCUGUCGCCUUUUGAGGUUGUCUGUACCUGUUCUGCAUGCCACUACUGUCUUGAGGCGAAUAGAACGCCCUGUCAUUAUUGUUGUAUAUGGUCUGCAAGUUGCACCAAAUACGGCUAUACUGACGGGCCGUUCUAUUUGGGUGAAGACGGUAGCAUAACCCUCUGCGAUGUGCAUGUGCUCUCCAUCCCAAAGCAAUUGACGGCUUGGUUGAUCUCUGCGCAAAAACUGGAUGAUUGUAGCGAGGUCCAGUGGAAGGUGGAAGGUGGGUGGUGGUUAUAUACGGUGGGUGGGUUAUAGUGAUGCCGUGAAAGGUGAAUGAAACAAUCACACUGCUGAAUGAACAGUCUGAUAUAUCCCACAGAAAGAAUUCGGUAUGCCGGUUUCGUGCGGGGGAAUUACUGGCGGGGGCAAUUUUUAUUAUGUGGUUGUUUCUUCUAUCAAAAAUUCAAAAU